AGGUCACUUAACUCAGCCACAGUCUCUUACUAAAGGAACCAGUUGCCAUUUCUGCUCCCGUGUAAGAAAACAAGAUUUUCCCAAUGGACUCUCUAGCAAAAUCUGUCAACCAAUUUGCUCUGGAGCUUAGCAAAAAGCUAGCUGAAUCUGCUGAGGGUAAAAAUAUCUUUUUUUCUCCCUGGGGCAUCUCAACCUCCUUGGCCAUGGUGUAUUUGGGCACCAAAGGCACCACUGCAGCCCAAAUGUCCCGGGUUCUUCAGUUUAGCAGAGACCAGGACAGCAAAUCUUGUCCUGACAGUUUUGAAAAGAAAAAGAAAAUGGAAUUCAAUGUAGGCAAGGUUGAAGAAAUACACUCUAAUUUCCAGACACUUAUCUCAGAAAUCAACAAUCCCAGCAAUGCUUACAUACUUAAAACAGCCAACAGGAUCUAUGCGGAGAAAACUUAUCAAUUUCACAAUAAAUAUAUACAAGACAUGAAAACAUACUUUGGUGCAGAGCCACAGUCUGUGAACUUUAUGGGAGCUUCUGACCAAAUCAGAAAGGAGAUCAACUCUUGGGUUGAAAGCCAGACUGAAGGAAAAAUCCUGAACCUCCUACCUGAUGAUGCUGUGAAUUCUGUAACCAGAAUGGUUCUGGUAAAUGCCGUUUACUUUAAAGGAAUUUGGGAACAUCAAUUCUUGGUCCAAAAUACCACAGAAAAGCCUUUCAGAAUAAACAAGACUACAAGCAAACCAGUGCAAAUGAUGUCCACGAAAGAAAAACUUCAAGUAUUUUACAUAAAAAAGCCACAAGCCAAAGGCCUUCAACUCUUCUAUGAGAGCCAUGACCUCAGCCUACUCAUACUACUGCCGGAAGACAGCAGUGGGCUGGAUCAGCUGGAAAAAGCCAUCACCUAUGAGAAGUUGAGUGCGUGGACCAGCACAGACAUGAUGGAGUUGUGUGACGUGCAGCUGCAUCUUCCCAAGUUCAAGCUGGAAGAGACGUAUGAUCUCCAGUCAACCCUGAGCAGUAUGGGGAUGAGCGAUGCCUUUAAUCAGAGCAAAGCAGAUUUCUCAGGAAUGUCUACGGAGGGAAACCUAUUUUUGUCCAAUGUUUUCCAUAAGUCUUUUGUGGAAAUAAAUGAACAAGGUACAGAGUCCGCAUCUGGUACUGCGAGUGAGGUGAGUGUUCGAAUUAGUCUCCCUUCCAUUGAAUUCAAUGCAGACCACCCGUUCCUCUUCUUCAUCAGGCACAACAAAACCAAUAGCAUUCUAUUUUACGGGAGAUUCUGCUCCCCUUAAACCCUGCAUCUCUCUCAUCAAACAAGAGCAUCUUACAGUGUGAAAAAUAAACAUAUGAUGGAAAAACACAAUGAUAAUAAAAACCAGUUUAUA